AGUAGUCAAGUUCACUUCAGACUUUGGCGCGGGCAAGCUAUUAUAACUUUAAUACUCCACUGAAUAAAGUGUCUAAAGGUAGACGUUAACAUAAUUAAAGCACAAAAAUGUCAACAUUUCUUCGAGCAGUCAAAAACAACAUACCAGAAAAAGAAAAAUCGGAGUUAUCCGAGAGCGAGCUGAAAAAAUGGGGAUUAGAAGCGAUACAUCUGAGGUUUUAUCAGGUGGAUGGAGUGAGGUGGCUGUCACAGUGUAUGAAGAACCAGCAGGGCUGCAUCCUUGGUGAUGAGAUGGGUCUGGGCAAGACCUGUCAGACCAUUUCUCUGCUGGUAUAUGCUCGGGGAUGCCUUAAAAUGAACGGACCGUUCCUUGUGCUUUGUCCCUUAUCUGUUUUGGAGAACUGGAGACAGGAGUUAGAGCGCUUCUGUCCCAGUUUGUCUGUGAUCUGUUACACUGGGGAUAAAGAAAGACGGGCAGAGCUCCAGAAAGAGCUCAGGAAUGACCAACGCUUCCAUGUUCUUCUCACCACCUAUGAGAUGUGCCUCAAGGAUGCCAGAUACCUGAAAAGUUGGAAUUGGAAGAUUUUAGUUGUCGAUGAGGCUCACCGGCUGAAGAACCAGGAAUCAUUGCUGCACCAAACCCUCAAAGAGUUUACCGUAGGUUUCCGAGUGCUGUUGACAGGCACCCCCAUUCAGAAUAACUUGCAAGAAGUCUAUUCCCUCCUCGCCUUCAUCCAACCCAGUCUGUUUCUGCCUGAAGCCGUUGAGGACUUUGUUAGUGCCUACGCAGAUGUACAGACUGAACCUGCUCUUGCCGAUGAGCUUCAUCGAGUGCUCCAGCCCUUUUUGUUGCGCAGGGUUAAAGCAGAGGUGGCAGCCGAACUACCCAAGAAGACCGAUCUUGUGGUUUUUCAUGGGCUGUCUGCCCUUCAGAAGAGAUACUAUAAAGCCAUUCUGAUGAGAGACCUUGAUGCCUUUAGGACUGAUCAAAACACUAAGACCCGACUUCUGAACAUUUUAAUGCAGCUCAGGAAAUGUGUGGACCAUCCGUAUUUGUUUGAUGGUGUGGAACCAGAACCAUUUGAGAUGGGGGAGCAUUUAGUGAAGGCCAGUGGAAAGCUCUCUCUUUUGGACACCAUGCUGUCUUAUCUUCAGGAGGGGGGCCAUCGUGUUCUUCUGUUUUCUCAAAUGACCAGAAUGCUGGAUAUUCUGCAAGAUUACUUGGAGUACAGAGGUUACAGUUAUGAGCGUCUGGAUGGUUCAGUCCGGGGAGAGGAACGCAACCUAGCUAUUAAAAACUUCAGCUCCAAAGAUGUUUUUAUAUUCCUCCUUAGCACCAAAGCUGGAGGGGUGGGUAUGAACCUAACAGCAGCAGAUACGGUGAUAUUUUUGGACAGUGAUUUCAACCCACAGAAUGACCUGCAAGCAGCAGCCAGAGCCCACAGGAUUGGCCAAACAAGGCCUGUUAAAGUGAUCCGGCUUCUCGGUAGAGAUACUGUAGAAGAGAUCAUCUAUUCCCGUGCUGUGUCUAAACUACGUCUCACAGACACAGUGAUUGAGGAGGGACGUUUUUCUCUGUUGGACCAGGCUCAAUCUGCAGCUUCUGGCCUUCAGUUGAGUGAGAUCCUGAAGUUUGGUGUGGAUAAGCUGCUGUCGUCAGAGGAGAGCUCCAUUCAAGACGUAGACCUCAGGCUGAUCCUGGGUCAGUCUCGAGACGGCCGAUGGCUAACAGAUGAAGAGCAUGCCAAGCUUAAUGAGAGCGAUGAAGAGGAAGAUGAGGACCUGGAGGGUCAACACCACAUGUACUACUUCGAGGGUAAGGACUACUCUAAAGACCCCAGUGCUGAUGAUGAGAAGACCUUUGAACUGUUACUUGAGAAGGAGUUAGCUGAUCUAGAGGAUGCUGGGAAGGAAGGCCGUGCACUUCGUAAUAAAGCUGGGGUGUCCCUGUCUGGGCCCUUGAUCGACCCAGAGAGAAAGAAAAGACCUCUUACAGAAUCCGAGUUAGAACAGAGACGUCAGAAGAGACAAGAAGCUGCUGCAAAGAGGGCGAAGCUGCAGGAGGAAAGGAAAAAGCAACAAGAAGAACUAAAUUACAAGAAGAAGAUGGCGUGGUGGGAAUCAUGUGGCUACAAAUCGCUGUGCUUGCUGCAAGUUGACAGUGAGGGUGAGGAUAUUGAGUCUGAUGAAGAUGAGGAUGAUGUCGUCAGCUGGAGCUCCACUGAUUCGGAUCACACAGCCAUUCGCUAUAUGCUGGGUGAUGUAACUCACCCUCAGGCUGACCAAGAGGAUGCCAUUAUUGUGCACUGUGUUGAUGACUCUGGACACUGGGGCCGAGGAGGAUUGUUUACUGCACUGGAGCGCAGAUCAGAUGAGCCGAAGAAGCAGUAUGAGUUGGCUGGGAACAUGGAAGACUUAGAACUGGGGAAUGUUCUCCUUUUUCCUAUUGAUGACAAACAGUCGAGGCUCAGUGGAAGAGACUAUCUGGCACUUAUAGUUGCUCAGCAGAGGGAUAAAGCCAACAAUUUGUCAGGCAUUCGGCUGACUGCCUUGGUUGAGGGCCUCAAGAAGAUCUACAGAGAUGCCAAACAAAAGAACGCAAGUGUCCAUCUGCCUCGGAUUGGUCACUCCACUAAAGGCUUCAACUGGUAUGGAACAGAGAGACUCAUUCGCAAGCACCUGGCCACCAAAGGCAUUUCUACAUUUAUCUACUAUUACAAACGUGCUCCUUCAAGCUCAUCUAUAGUUUCUUCUACCACAUGCACAUCUACUCCAUCAACCUCGCAUUCGGCCUCAGACCCAGCAGCAUCCUCACCAUCUGGUUCCUCCAGUGCCCUUGGUAACAGUGAAGACCUUACAAAGACACCAGAACCCUCCACUAUAUCACAUGAAGGUCAGGGGGCACCAAGGUUGGCUGAUUUUAUGAGAGGUGUUCAUGUCUACUUCUACAACAUGGCUGCUACAGAGAAGAAGAAGCUCGCCCGCUACCUUAUAACAUAUCCUUUCACGUUUCAUCUUCACCCACACGUUCAACAAAGCCAACAAACCUCGCCGCUACAACAUGUCUAUCUUAAUCACAUUUUUAAAAAGUUUGUUGAUGUUGGCAUGAGCUAAUAAUUUAUACCUUAAUGUUUUUGCACAUAUGACGGCGAUGAAGAGGAUCUCAUGAGCUCACACGUCACUCAUAUUGUAGGAGAGGUGGAAAGUCCUGUCCAUGCACAGGAACUGCGAGAUCUAUUGCAUCAGUACCCUCAGACUCUGCUUGUAAAGAAAAAGUGGUUGGAGUCUUGCUUUGCUAACCAAAGGAAAGUCAGUGUGUCUAAAUAUGUAAUUAGGUUAACUUGACAAAGCUCCU